UGGGCUACAAUUAUCUGGGUUUUUUUCUGGUUAUGGCUACUAAUAUUUGUUGCUCCAUUGAAACGGAGCCUAAAACUUUGAGUCAAGACCAACUCCAUCAAGCUAGAGAGGUGGCUGCAGAUGUAGUUCAGAAGAUGAAGGAAAAGGAAGCUUCAAGUGUAUUCAUCAAGGUCCAGGAAGGUGUUGAAGAAGAAGAGAAAAAUGAGGAGAAACUGCAGAAGGAAGAGCAAUUUAACAUUGCUAAUGAUAAGAAGAUUCAAGUCAUUGAAAGACCUUGCCAAUGUUCUUUGAAUAAUAUUGCAGAAUCCCCUGAUCAGAUUAAUCUUGAAGAGCCCUUGUCGGCUCCCUUUUAAAGUAUAUCCGGGGAUUAAUCUUUCGUACCAUGGAUGUACAUACAAUAUAAUUUAUUAAUAACGAGAAGAGUGUAUGUUAUAUAGUUGUAUAUACAACCAAUUAAUUAUGAAACGAGUGUAUGUCACAUGCGUUGACGUGACGUCUUAUAAUUAGUUGAUUAUAUGUAAAUCUAUUAUAAACAAACUCUUUUUUUAGAAAUGUCUUUUUUAGUCCCAUUACGAUUAAUUUCACAUAAUCAAAAGCGUUUUUUGUUUUUCUAAACCAAAUAACUACUUUCAGGUGUUUUAUGAAGAAAUAAAUGUUUUUUUUUUUCUUCAAAAGACACUCUGUGUGUUUAUUCCAAUAGAGUUUUUACUCAAAAACGCUUUAUGCAUUAUAUGAAACAAUGAAUUACACUCUAUAUGUACCGAAUGAAAUGGGUUCAUGUAAUUAACCAUUGUAAUGGAGCUAAGAUUUGGAGAAUAAAUAAAUAUUGAAGGAGGUUUCAUGGGCAA